AUGGUCAUCUCCCUGGGGCAAACUGACGGACCAACACUCUUGACUCUUCACUGUAGGGGUAACGACCGCCCGACCCUGAGCUCCCUCACCUCGCCACAAAAAGCACUACUGUCAAACCAGGCUGAACUCGGCAUAACCCAGACAUACACGCUCCACUCAGCACCAGAGAGGGGCAGGAGGGGGCAGUACCAGAGAGGAGUAGGAGGAGGCCAGACAGGUAGCAGGAGGAGGCAGUACCAGAGAGGAGCAGGAGGGGGCAGUACCAGAGAGGAGCAGGAGGAGGCAGUACCAGAGAGGAGCAGGAGGAGGCAGUACCAGAGAGGAGCAGGAGGAGGCAGUACCAGAGAGGAGCAGGAGGAGGCAGUACCAGAGAGGAGCAGGAGGGGGCAGUACCAGAGAGGAGCAGGAGGAGGCAGUACCAGAGAGGAGCAGGAGGAGGCAGUACCAGAGGAGUGA